UAUUCUCAUUUCCUUCUGUAUUUGUGAUUCUAAAAAUUAUUUUUUCGAUAACAAAUUAAUUUUUUUAAAAAAAAUACAAUAAUGAUUUAGAAAUUUUAAAACGCAAGGAAGACAGGAAUUUACGAGGAGAGGGAGGGCCAAAAUGAAAAUUUCUCUUGUAAUGUGUCGUAACAGUCAGUUUCUGAGGUUCAAGACUCUUCGGUUAUUAUUUGGCUGCUGUGAUCUGAACCCGCUCCGCCACCGGCACCGCCGACGCUGACGGUCACAACAGCACGCCGCCAUGGCCUUGACCUUCAGAUCGACGAGUCCCCUGGGCAUUCCCCAAAUCUUAUGCCAAUCCAUCCUCCUCUUCCUCAAGGCCGGCCAGCUUCUCCUCCCCAUCUUCCUCCUCUCCGUCCUCUCCUCCUCCCUCCUCUUCUACUGUUACUACUCCAUCGCCCCAAUCCCCCUCGACCUCGCUGACAAGAUCUCCAUCCUCCUCAAGGAAACCAAGCACCGCCCGCCGAACCUCGUCCCGUCCAUCGUCAACGACCUCAAAUCCUUCGCCGCAUUAGCGCCCCCCAUCGCCCUCUUCUCCUUCUUCUCCUCCCUCUUCCUCUCUCUCUCCUCCAUCUACACCUUCGCCGCCGCCUACACCGACACCGAUUUGACCCCCGACGGCCUCCUACACCGGAUCGCCCGCCGCUGGUACCAGACUAUGGUGACGCGGCUCUAUGCGGUCCUCCUCGCCGUCGGCAUCGCCCUCCUCUCCUCGUUCGCCCUUGUUUCCGUCGCCCUCGGAUCCCUCUCCGACUCAAUCUUCCUAGCCUUCCUCGUGACCUUCUUGUACCUCUACCUGUCGACGCGGUGGCGGAUGAGUCUCGUGAUAGCGACCGUGGAGGAGACGUGGGGGAUCGGCGCGCUCUCCUGGGCGGUGAACCUCUACUUGGGGAACAAGAAACGAGGUGUUGCGCUCACCGCCAUGAUGGUGACGAUGAAGGUGGCCAUCUACGGCGCAUUGUUAAUUGGGCUGGUGAUGGCCUCGGAUCCGACGAAGCAGACCCGGAUGUGCAUGGAGUGCGUCGUGGCUGUGGUGGAUGCGGCCUGGAACUUGUACACCAUGGCGGUGUACACCGUGUUCUACUACGAGUGCAGGAAGAGCCAUGGGCUAGACAGCAUUGGUUCGUCCGCGGUUCUUGUGAGGGUCAACGCUGUGGCAUAUUGAGGAGAUUGCGAAGAGGCUUCCUCAGGCAUCUUAAUUGUGCAGAUCUGCAAGAUUUUAUUUUAGUGUCACGGCCAAAAAAUGUUUGAAUCGUAUCUCAUGCAAUCUUAAGUAUCAAAUUCUAUUAUUAUA